CAUGGACGACUUGGGCUGCCCGCGGUGCAAGACCACCAAGUACCGCAACCCCUCGCUGAAGCUGAUGGUCAACGUCUGCGGGCACACGCUAUGUGAGAGUUGUGUGGAGCUGCUGUUUGUGAGAGGGGCUGGGAACUGCCACGAGUGUGACACCCCCCUGAGGAAGAGCAACUUCAGGGUGCAGCUCUUUGAGGAUCCUGCUGUCGACAAGGAAGUGGAAAUCCGGAAGAAAGUGCUGAAAAUAUACAAUAAAAGAGAGGAAGACUUUCCCACUCUAGAUGAAUAUAAUGAUUUCUUGGAAGAAAUAGAAGAAAUUGUAUUUAACUUGACCAAUAAUGUGGACUUGGAGAACACCAAAAAGAAAAUGGAGCUGUAUCAAAAGGAUAACAAAGAAGUCAUUCAGAAGAAUAAGUUAAAACUGACGCGGGAGCAGGAGGAGCUGGAGGAGGCUCUGGAGGUAGAGCGGCAGGAGAGCGAGCAAAGGCGGCUCUUCAUGCAGAAGGAAGAACAGCUACAGCAGAUGAUGAAAAGGAAGAAUAAACAGGCACUCCUGGAUGAUCUGGAGAACUCUGAUCUUCCUGCCUCUCUGCUCUUAGCUCAGCAUAAGGACAGAUCUACUCAGCUAGAAAUGCAGCUGGAAAAACCCAAACCUGUCAAACCAGUCACGUUUUCCACUGGCAUCAAAAUGGGUCAGCAUAUUUCAUUAGCUCCCAUUCAAAAGUUAGAGGAAACAUUGUAUGAAUAUCAGCCUCUGCAAGUGGAGACAUAUGGACCACAAGUUCCAGAGCCUGAAAUGUUGGGAAAGCUGGGGUACCUCACCCACGUUCGAGCCGCCUCUCCGCAGGACCUGGCUGGGGGCUACACGUCCUCCCUGGCUUGUCACCGGGCCCUGCAGGACGCGUUCAGCGGGCUCUUCUGGCACCCCAGUUAGCCAGGGACAGCAGCCUGUGACCCGGGACAGCCAGCGGGGCGAGGAGUGACCCGGGGCAGCAUUGCCACCGUCUGCACCGGCCGGGCUGUGCUGCGUGUGAGAAACAGGGGAAAACCAAACCCCCUCUGCUCCAGAGCUUCCUAAAAUGGUAGAUACAUUCUUGUGGAGGGGGAAACUCGUCAGUCAUGUGGCACUUUGCUGAGGGAGGCUGAAGCAAUAAGCCACAUCUAAUGGAAGAUGUGAAUAACUCAGCUGUGUAUGUUUGAGGCUUAAAGAAAUACACUUGUAAAUUUUUUUUUCAAUAAAGCCAGACUUUAAUAAAGUUUGUGGUUUUACUCUUAUUGCAGGGUUUUAUUUGCACAAGCAUUUAAAUGCCAUUUUGAUUAUAACAUUUAGUGUCAAUAUUCAAGCCUGCAUUUUCUUCCCAUAAAGCUAGUUUUCCCAGUUUAGACAAGUGGGUUUUUCCUCCUGCCAGCUGGAUGAGACAAGAAACUCUGGAAAUAUGCUGACACAGCUCUUGUGUGGGAUCCUUCCUCCGUGUGCCACUUGGUUCUUACCUUUGCUUGGAAAAAAAGCUUUAGCUCAAGGUCUUUCAGCUGAGGUGCUGUAAAAGCAGUCUAAGAAACCUCGAUACAAGGUGAAGUCACUGAAGUAGCCAAAAUUGUGGGGUUCCCUUUUGGGGUUUGUUUGUUUUGUUUUGCUUUUGUAUGUUUGCUUUUUCCUCUUUCUCUCAAUUUGCAACGUUUUUGUGAUAAACUCAGGAGUUUCUUUAGGUGGGAACUCAGGAGUUUCUUUGGGGAUGAUUCCUGCCACCUGAUGUGAUCCUUUUUGUAUUCCUUGCCUGCUCCUUGUAACGGAGCCGUGACCAACUGCAGGAGGUGGAAGGUGCUCAGGACAGCCACCUUGGCCAUGUUUUACAGGCCACCUGCUCAUAGCUGUUGAAUCCUGUUCUGAGGAGUGCACUAGAUGGAUGUAUUUUUCUAUGCUGUAAUAAAGAGAAGAAUGAGAUCUA